AAAACACUGGUGUAUGCGCCAAUGCAAGCUAUGUUCCGUGUGCAAAUAAUGAUGGAUGUUGUCCUUCAGGGACGUGCAUAUCUACCGGCUGCAACAUUACAUGCACCGACCAAGAUAUACCUUGUGGUGAUGGUUGUUGCUACUCUUACGAAGUUUGCACACCGAAUCUCAAGUGCGGUGUAA